AUAAUAAUGAGUAACGAUAAGAUUAAAUUGGCAUCAACAGCUGUUGUUUUAUUAAAAUGGGGAAAUAUAAAUGGAUCAAGUUUAAAGAAGCUGGAUUUAUUAAAUAAGAAACCAUUGGAAAAAUUUGAUUAUAGAGUUAUGAUGGUAAAGAGAUCGAAUAAAAUUAAAUUUUUCCCAUCAGCACAUGUAUUUCCAGGAGGUGCAGUAGAUCAACACGAUUUCAAACCAGAAUGGAGCAAUAUAUUUGAAAAAGGAUUAAAUGGAUCACCCAUCAAAAAUCUACCAAUUAAAGUAUCUGCAUUAAGAGAGGUUUUAGAGGAAACUAAUUUCUUUUUAGAUAAGAAUAGGCAAUUAAUGGACGAGAAAAAUUUAUCAGAAAUUGAAAGUCUUCAAAAGAAUUUAAUGGAUAGAGAGGCAUCAGCAAAAACAAAUUUCCUUUUUGAUUUUUUAAACGAAAAAAAAGAAAAAGAUAAUAUUGUUGUAUCAUUAAAUAAUCUUUAUCAAUGGGCACGUUGGGUUACACCAGAUUUAGGACCAAAGCAAACUCAUAGAUUCGAUACUUAUUUCUAUUUAAACCCACUUUACGAAUACCCAGAAUUAUGCAAAAUUGAUGGCACUGAAAAUACUCAAUUGGAUUGGUUCUCACCAGACGAAGCUUUGGAGGAACAUAGACUUGGAAAUAUUAGUUUACCACCACCCACUUGGUUUACCUUUCAACAGUUAUCAAAAUUAUAUACCUUGGACGAAGUUAUUAAUGUAGCAAAGCAAAGAGAAGAAGCCGAAAUACUUUAUGAACCAAAAAUGGUUGAAGGAAUAACAAUUAAAAAGUUUGACUAUUAUGAAAGAAAUCAAGUUUUAAAUGGAGAUAGUUUAUUUGAAACUGGUAAAGAAGGUCCAUCAAAAAAUAGAAUCAUUAUUCGUAGUAGAUCUGGUUCUUUAACCGAUCAAUAUUCUUGGUAUUAUGAGUAUUUAAAUAAUAUUCCAAACUCCAUUGAUAGACAAUACAAUGGUUGUAAAACUAAUUUACCUUCAAAAUUAUAA